CUGAAAGGCGGCGUUCGUCUAGCGCAGCUUUCGGUUUUCUCUGCCUCUCCUUUUGUUGUGUGCGACGGGGGCGAUAAGUGUGGUGGUCAGAAAGCUUUGAAAAGAAACGUGCUUUGCGUGGGAAUGUUUUUCUUUCUUCCAGCUUGUCUCCCCUGACACAGUGAACAGCUCAGGCUGAGGAAGCCAAGAAAAACAAAUGUGACUUGCUAAUUAGAUCUUAUGUUUUGGGCCUAUUGCUUCGAAUACAGGUUUUCAUGAGCUGACGCUACGAACUUUUCAAGUUGAACGGCUGUCUCACUGCAGCUGCCGCCGUGCGCACCAAUACGCACUACGCCAUCCAUGCUGUAGCCACGGCUAGAGUAGCCACUGCCUCCGCAAAAGCUAGUCAAACGAUCGCUAUCGCAUCAUUUCCUCCAUGGCGGCGUCCAAGUGAAACAGCGGCGAGCGUGUAGCAACUACAACUAUGAGACUCACAGAUGUGGUGUUCGGCGUUUUCAAAAGGCGCGGCUUCGGUGGCCCACGAUUCCAUUUCGUGAAAAGCCAGAGACCGACAGGGAAAUACAGAAUUGUCCCUCCAGUCACAUCAACAAUGAAGGUUGAACUCUGGAAGAAGCUGGCAAUAGAAGAAAAAACAAUGAUGUAUCUGAGUCGGCCGUACCUAACCACUGAGGAAGAAAAGCACAUGCCAAAAGAAUUCAUCAGGCGCAGGCUUCGGAAGUAUGACUAUGCUCCAGUUUUGCAACGGAAACCUCUCAAGAGCCUGUUUGCUGCCGAUCUAUUAUCACACCUUAAUGUUGGCCGGCAGUGGGAAGAGUAGCUGUGUAUUAUUACAAUGAUGUGCUUUCAGUUAAUAAAAGUUUAGUCUGUUCUUUAA